AUUACAUGUUGAGACGGAAUCACAUUGAUGUUAUAUGUCCUACAGCUGCGAAGAUUGUUGGGAUUGCGUAUGCUAAGCUACAAGUCACUGCGAACUGAGCAUUGUACCAUUUCCUCUCUCUGCUUGACCAACAAAUGAACACCAUCAACACGACAAAAGUCUUUUAUAUGAAGAGCUGCAACUUUUGAGGCCGGUUCAUUAUAGUCUCCUCUUUUGUUUCCGAGGCACUGUGUGUGUGUGUGUGUGCAAGAGAGAGUGAGAGAGGGAAACAGAGCUGGUUGCAUCGGCCAUGAGGAGUGGAGAAUGGAUCCUCGUUUAUGGGUUUUUGAUGUUGGACUGCUACAUGGUUGUUGCACUGGGGGUAAUACUCCAGCAGAAGGCUGAAUCCACCAUCCCAAUUCCGACAUUCUCUCCUCCCGAAGGUAACACAACGUUCGUCGAGGGCACUACAUGGUGCGUUGCCCGCCCGGGGGUUUCUCAGUUUGACCUCCAGAAUGCGCUUGAUUGGGCAUGUGGACUUGGUGCUGCUGACUGCUCACUUGUGCAGCCUGGUGCCGCCUGCUACGACCCAGACACACUUCUCGGUCAUGCCUCCUAUGCGUUCAACAGUUAUUACCAGCAGAACGGAAACUCCGAUAUCGCAUGCUACUUUGGUGGAACUGCAAUCAUCACCAACAGAGAUCCAAGUUACGGUUCCUGCAAGUAUCUCAGUUCAGGGCCAAUUUCUGCUUCAUCUCUGUGCCAGAGGAUCUCCACCUUGAAGAUUUUGGGAAUCUUAGUCCUUUUAUGUUUAAACACUAGUUUAUGAUGCACCAUUAUAGGGUAAUCAAGGUCCGCGUCCUCUCUAAUUGUAGCUGAUUCCCUAGUGUUUUUUGGCUAUUUGGUCAUGUUUAAACCUUCGGAUGAAGUCAGUAAGUCUAUUAGGUAGUCCAGUUUGGUUAAACGAAUCUUCCGUGAUGAUGAGCUUACUCGAUGGAUGAUGCAGUGGUAACUUGUUUGUGUUGGUUAUAGGUUUGUAUCAUGCGUAUAAAGUCAAAUAUAGUCUGAUUCAUACCCAGAAUGAGAUAUGAGAUGUUGAGGCAAACAUAAAACGGCAGGUCAAUGCAUUAGGUUCCUUCCACUCUGAUCCAAGGUUUGAGAGAAAUUAUAU